AUGUCUCGACGCACCAACCCCCCUCCUAGCUCAAUACGGGACCGCAGGAAUCCCGAGGAAGUGCUCCAGACCUUCGCGAGUCUCUGGGUCAAUGUAGAUCCUGAGGCGCCU